AUGACCAAAAGCGGUCCAUCGAUAUACAGGUUGUUUGCUUAUCAUUAUGAUUCAUACGGAGUAGAUCUUAAUACGUUGCUCGAAAAACUCAAGUUCAGGUUUUAUAAUUUAAUCUUACAAUAUGUUCUGCGAAACGGCUGGGCAAAAGCGCGCAGUAGCCUAUCGGAUCCGGCCCUUGCUACCAAAGCAUUGGACCGGGUUCGAAUCCGGCGUACACCAAUGAAUAUUUUCAAUAUUUAA